CCCCGCGUUCUCCCCCACGCCCAGCUGCGGAUGGUCCGCACCCACCGCGCGCGAGGCUUGAAGCGCUCGGGAGGCUUGCGGCUGCAGACGCCUCCCUUGAGCAGCGCUAUGGACGCCGCGCGCCUUAAGGUGCGCGCCCUGGAGGCCGAGGUCACUGCGCUGAGGCUGGCGUGCGGGGAGUCGCGCGCGCCCGACGGGGACCCUGUUCGAUUGCACAAAUCAUUUCAAGAAAUACAGGAAUCAAUUUCUGAAGGAUGGGACUCUUUAAAAGAUCUGAGAAGUCACCUUGGACAUUUAGAAUCAGAACUUCUAUUUAUAAGUACGCUUACCGGUAUCAGUAUAAGAAAUUACUCCAAGAAGACAGAGGAUCUAACAAGCACUGAGGUGACAGAAAAGAGUGUAAAGAAAGUUCAGCAGAGACACAGACUAUCAGGAAGUUGCCACAUGAUUACAUUUCAACUUGAAUUUCAGAUUCUGGAAAUCCAGAACGAGGAGAGUUUAUCUUCUGUAAUUACUGACCUCAACAUAAUAAUGGAGCCCACCGAAUAUUCAGAAUUAAGUGAAUUUGUGUCUAGAGCAGAAGAAAGAAGGGAUCUGUUCAUGUUUUUCCGAAGCCUACACUUUUUUGUGGAGUGGUGUGAAUAUCGUAAGCGCACAUUUAAACAUUUCAAGGACAAGUACCCAGAGGCCGUGCACCUCUCGGAGGGGGCCUCCUCCAGCUGCAUGGGGGUCCGGAGCGCCAGCCAGCCAGAAUUUGAAUUAGUGAUUGUGUGGAGGAUACAAGUGGACGAUGAGGGGAGGGCCGUGCCGAAGCUGGACCUGCUCCCCAGGGUGCCGCGACGAGCCCUGGAGCUGGACCAGAACGGAAUCAUAGAAGCCGCUCCUGUCAGCUUCCAAGCCCUACUGGGCGUGCUGGGCAUCGAGGCCGCUCUGGAGAGCCUGAUAGUCACUCUGCGCAGAGGAGGAAGGCUGGUCCCCACACAGUGAGCGGUUACAGUGCACUGCACAUCAACUGCCAGGGCACCAGAAAUAAACAGCUAUUUAAGUACAAAAUGCCAA